GCCAGAUGGUGGUUAAAACUGAAGCUGACUGAAGGAUCGACUGAAGGAUCUUUAGGCAGUAAAUAGACAGUUGUAGAUAGAAAAGGCGAGUGGUAGAUCAGGGCCAGAAGAACACAGAGAUCAGAGACAGAAGACCGUCUGCCAUGAGAGAGGAAGACAGUUGUGGAGAUUUCCCCAAAGGCGGAGUGAUUCCCCGGGACGAGGACGAGGAACGCCGCAAUAAUAAAUGUCCUGUUGUUGUGACCCGAAAACGACUGACGAGCCCUAAGAAGGAGCUCAGCGCUGAUCUGCUAGCUGAAGAUAAAACCAUCACACCAUCCAUCCCUAAACGUCCCAAAAAGAGUUCUCCAUCUCCUUCAUCCUCGUCCUCGCUUGUGCCGUUGGUGAGCUCAGUGUCUCCGCUUCCUGCUCAGCAGUUUGAGGAUCUUCACUCUCAGAGAGUCAUCGCUAACGUGAGGGAACGUCAGCGCACACAGUCUCUGAAUGACGCCUUCGCCUCGCUCAGGAAAAUCAUCCCCACGCUGCCGUCUGACAAACUGAGCAAAAUUCAGAUCCUCAAACUCGCCUCGCGCUACAUCGACUUCCUCUACCAGGUGCUGCAGAGCGAUGACGGACAGAUGGACGCCAAGAUGGCGAGCUGUAACUACCUGGCACACGAGAGACUGAGCUACGCCUUCUCCGUGUGGAGGAUGGAGGGAGCCUGGUCCAUGUCGGCCACUCACUAACUCCAACAACUCGCCUGAUUCACAUUAACUCUGUGCAACCUGAGACACUCAGCUGGGUUUCAUAGUUUUAAUUAAUGCAGUAAGCGCUAAGCUCACCCUUUUACCGUGACCACGCCCCUCACUCUGACCACGCCCCCUCACAUUAUUCUUAACAAGUCUAGUGUACAACAAAAGUCUUUCCUGAUCUAAUCUUCAUAAUUCAGUUUCAGUUCUUCUGACUCUUCCACUUCCUGGUUCUGCUCUCUGACCAAUCAGAAACGAGUUUAUUGUGAAUGUGUUUAUUCUGAGCUCAUUAGCGAUGCCACUGCUAACCUGAAGGCUGUUUCUCUUAUAAACAUCAUCAACACUCCUGACCUUUGACCCUGAAUCUGACUCUCUCUCUGACUGAAACAAGGUGCAUUGUGGGUAUUCUGUAGAUUACAUCACAGGAACACUAACCACUGUGAGGAUACAACCGCAAAACAACAAAACUAACACAGUACUACAGAAUCCCAGAAUUCCAAAUGUUUAUCCCCUCAGUGAUCCGGGAGAGGAUAAGAGGAAUUUGCUUCUCCACAGCAGAGUCUCUGUUUUCAUCCUAAUGAGUGUGUAUGUGAGCUCAGACUCACCAGUGAGAACUCACACCUCCUCAAUAUUUACACACUCAGCCUCCAUCACACUGGACACACACACCUGCUCACUAACUCACUAACUAGCGUUUAACUACCAGGUUUACUAACUCACUGCCUCCAUCACUGUCAUGCAGAAAUUAAUCAGUUUUUAAACUUUUACUGUUUUUUCUCUCUGAUUUUCCUUAAAAUCACCUUCAGCCAGCAUUUUGAAGAGGAAGUGUGUCACACUGGGUAAACACUCUGAACACUGAACACUCUGACUUGUUCAUCAGGAACCUAAAUAUAAAUCUGAUGAUCCUGAUUGCUCUGAAGCUACACUGUGACAUCAUUUAUUGUUAAAAUGCUGUAGAAAUAAAACUGAAUGGAAUUUAUUUGAAUUUAAAUGAACACUCACCUAAUAAAUUUCGUCCAAGCUUCCUGGACCAAUCAUUCAGAUGUCCAUAGGGACUUGACCAAGCGGGAGUGUUAAGCAGAACUGGAGUGAGGCUGGUUUGUGGUACUGAAGGAGUUGGAGUGUUUUCAAAAUGACUUCCUGUAUGCUUUAAACAAAAAUAUAUAACAAAUAAAUAAAUCAAUUAAUAUUUUAUUCCAUUUCUAUGCAAUUUCUCUGAGCAGUGCAGUGUGUAAAAUAUGUUGUGUGUGUGUGUGUUUUAAUUAUGAGUACCACACACUUGUUAGCAGCCAGACGUCUCUCAUUACUGUGUUACUCUGAGACGGCACUAAACUAUGUUUUCUUCUUUUUCCACUUUGAGGUUUUGGUAAUGUGUGUGUGUGUGUGUGUGUGUGUGUGUGUGGAUGUUAAACAGUGAUAAUGUGUGUGUAAAAUGUAAACAUUUGCAAAAUCCUCAGCUUGUCUCUGUUCUCCAUACUCAGAGCUCUAAAUGGUUGUUGCAAAGAGGAGCAAUAUGAGAGACGUCAGAACUUCUGAUGUGUUCAUGGAAUGCUCAUUUUCCCACCCUGCUGUUUACGUCUGUCCCGCCCCCUCCAUAACCCCACCCCCUCCGUAACCCAAAUCUGAAGAUUUCAUUUAGCCACUCUGACAGGAAACUCAUUGCUCACCUCUGCUCAGUCCGAUUUUUUCCCCACUGAGUCGAUUUCGUCGUCUCCUCGUCUCCAGCAGAUCCCGAGACAGGCAGUGGGAAAGACAUUACAGACAUUACAGACUGAGCUCAUUGUCCAUGUGGAGUCUGUUUCUGCUCUCCAUCUCCACCACAUAGUUCUGCUUCCUCUCCAACCUCCAUCACAUGAUGAGUAAAUGUUAGCGAUCAGCAGCUUGUCCAUCACAACAUUAAAACCAACAUGAGUCUCCCUGCAUGUCUUUGUCUGCUUUAAUAAAAGCUUUUUUUGUACUAUAUCACAAUCUGUCUGUAUUAAAGUUGAUAAUAAAAUUAUUUUUGCCUCCUCAUGAUUUUUCUUUGCUUGAGAAAUGUUUUUUGUCUUCUGUGGUUUAUGUAUUCUGUCUGUGACUCUGUAACAUUAUUAUAUUAAUUAAUAUUUAUUACAGUCUCAUUAAUAUUCAUU